GGGAUUUCGCAUGGGGGCGUCAAAUUGCAUCCGACACAGACGAACGAAGGGCUGUCUGGGGGCUUCCGUCGCAGCCCAUGGCCGUCCAUGCCUGCACUGCGUGGGUAAUGUUGUCGCUAGACGCGAUGUACAGGCCUGAUGUACACCGCCCGAAGUGCAGGUUGUUCCGGCGCACACCGUAUGCCUCUCUCUCUCAACCCCCUGGGCGGCCUUGCAAUCCGAGCGCGCUGGUGUGGGCGUACCAGCGCCGAGCCAAGCUGUGAUUUCGUAUCCCAUCCGAGAGGAUACCGUUCAUCUUCCAUCUCACAGAAGGUACGGACCUUGCACACCUAUGAAAAACGGGCUAGUGGAUACCCUCCGGACUUCCGAUAUAUGGUUCACACGUCUGGCGCACCCAGAACAGGCACACUUCCCGCUCUUUCCCCUGCGCAUUCCUCCGAAGUCGCCAGACCAUGGCCACUUCGUCCCUUGACUCCCAAGUGAAGAUCGUCACCCCGAUGUCCCAACCGUCCCUCGUAUCCCCCCCUCCCGCGAAGACCACGAAAGGCUCCGUGUUCUGGCUCUCCUUCACCGCUGUAGUAGUGUGCAACUUUCUCAGCGCGCUCGAUGUCACUGCUGUCUCGACUGCGCUACCCACCAUUACCGAUGAGCUGAAGGGAGGCGACGACUUCGUCUGGGUCGGGGCUGCUUAUGGUCUCGCUGCCGCAUCCAUACUGCCUUUCUCUGGUCGCGCGGCCGAUAUCCUCGGUCGACGUCCGGUCAUGAUGACAUGUGUGGGCUUCUUCUUCGUCGGAAGCGCCUUGGCUGGUUCUGCCCGGAGCAUGAAUAUGCUCAUUGCAGCAAGGACCGUACAGGGUGUGGGCGGGGGAGGAAUCAUCAACCUUGCCUCCAUCAUCACUUCGGACCUCGUCCCUCUCGCGGAGAGAGGCGUGUACCAGGGGUUCCUUGUCUUGACGUGGGCGUUCGCUGCUGCAAUCGGCCCCGCAAUCGGAGGCUCUUUGGCUCAGAAAGCGUCCUGGAGAUGGUUGUUCUAUCUCAACCUUCCCCUCGCUGGAAUCGCUUUCGUCCUCGUUGCCCUCUUCUUGAGGGUCCGUACGCCUAGCGGCUCGCUACGGGACAAGCUGGCGCGUAUUGACUGGGUGGGCAACCUGAUCAUCAUCAUCGGGACGACACUGGCUCUGGUUGGCCUGACGUGGGGCGGCAUACAUUUCCCGUGGAACUCAGCGCAUGUCCUCGCGCCGUUGAUCAUUGGCGGCGCAUUCAUGGCGAUCUUCUUCGUAUACGAGUUCUUCGUCCCGAAGGAACCGACGGUACCAUUCGACAUCAUGACAAACCGGACGAGUCUCAGCGGAUACAUCUCUACUUUCUUCCACGGCAUCGUCAGCAUAUCGAUCAUUUACUAUCUCCCUGUCUACUUCCAGGCAUGCAUGGCAGCCAGCCCCAUCAAGUCGAGCAUCAAUCUCUUCGCUACCGCACUUGUGUGCUCUCCCUUUUCGUUGAUCGGGGGAGUACUGGUGAAGGCAUUGAACAAGUACCGCCCUGCAAACUACCUUGGAUGGAUGUUUACAAUCAUUGGCGUUGGCUUACUGUCAUUACUCAAGUUCGACUCGGGCACAGCGGCUUGGGUGGGGUACCAGAUCAUCUCCGCUGCCGGAAUCGGUAUCAUCUGGGCGUGCACCAUCUUCCCGAUCCUUGCGCCGUUGCCUGUCACCCGAGCGGCCUCCGCACUGGCGUUCUACAACUUCUGCCGGACCUUCGCGCAGACAUGGGGCGUGGCUAUUUCCGCAAGUAUUCUGCAGAACGAGCUCAAGAAACGGCUCCCGCCGGCGUUCGUCGCGCAGUUCCCCGCCGGCAUCGAGAUCGCGUACGCCGCGAUCCCCGUCAUCCGCACGCUCGACGAGCCGCUCCGGACGGAGGUGCGCAUCGCGUUCGCGGAGAGCAUGGCCGUCGUCUGGAAGGCGAUGAUCGGCUUCUCCGCAGCGGGCUUCCUCACGCUCUUCCUCCUCCGCGAGGUCCCAAUGCAGAAGCACACGGACGAGACGUACGGGCUCCAAGGGGGCGCCCCCUCGUCGGCCUCGGACGAGGAGGAGGGCGACGCCGCGAAGGCGAACGCGACGAGCGUGGAGCUGUCCGCGAUGCCCUCCACCAUGCACGUCAACGCGCACAGCGCCUAAGCGCAUAUGGGCACUGGGCACUGAACAUUAGACAUUGGACAUCAGGCAGCGGGCGAUCAUUCGUUCUCGCGCGUGCCGAACGUGUAUAUUGCACCGGCGUGCACUGUGGAGCGUGCGGCUGCUCGACUGUCGGUCUUGCUGGCCACGCCCGUGUCUUGAUGUAACUGGCCAUACUGGACAAUCUGCUUAUGACCGUAACGCCGAUAUGAUGUAUCUUUAGCUGCGCUGCCAGUGGCUGGAGCCAGUGUACUGGGACGUAGCCUAUUUAUUCAUUGUCAACGACCGCGGCCGCAUGUGCGCGCCGGUGGUCAUGGCACUUACAUGACUGUCCA